AUGCCAUAUCUGGGUCCUAAGUCGUUUGACACAGCCCCUUUGACUACAAACAACCUUGCUUACCUGAACAACAAGCUUCUAGAGUCGCAACAUCCAUGUUCAUCCGCCUCAUCCAGUCUGAUAUCCUCUCCUGAGGAGGGCACCCUGUCUAUAUCAACACCGUUGUCAACCAUCUCAAGCGCAGGAUCGACUACCGACUUCAUACGGUCAUCGUCAGAUAGAGAAGACGAUCUCAACAUCAACGAUGACACAACGGUCAUUUUUGGCCAUGACAACGCCUCCUCAUCCUCCAUGUCUACAAUCACAGAGCUGAAGCCAAACCUCCUGAAGAAAAAAUCAGGAGAGCUGGUAAAAUCCUCUUUAAAAUUGCCCUCUUUGCAAAGAUCAAAUUCUAUGCCCAACGCCAAGUCGGUGAGAUUCGCAAACAGGUUGGAGGACAUCAAGUUUUUCGAUAAACUUGAAAAACCUACAGCGGUCUCUGCUGGCACAUCUCCGCUGGGUUCUCCGUCCCUUGUUCCAUCCUGGGGGUUCCAGGGCUCCUCAGAAGAGGACGAAUCGGAUAGCGAUUUAGAAAAUCAUGACUCAUGGGAAAUCACAUACAACGAUGUCCCUUACAACUCUAAUUUCCUCAACUUUAGCAAGUUCAACGCGAACAAGCCUAUCAUCUUGGAAAGCUUGAAACUCAACUCCGUCAAGGACUCCCUUAUCGGUUUUGUGUUUGUGCGCAAUUUAGGAUACGAAAAGAAAAUCCUCCUCAAGCUCACCUUUGACAACUGGAAGAGUUUUGUGGAGAUCGACAACGCAAACUACAUCUCGUCGAACCACAUUUUCAGAUACUCGUCUUCCGAAGCUUCCUACGACAAGUUUUCUUUCAUAAUCAAGCUCAGAGAUUUGUGCCAUUACAAAUCUCAAUUGGACUUGAGUUUCUGCAUCAAGUACGAGGUCAACAAGACCGAAUACUGGGACAAUAACAAUAUGCAAAAUUACACAGUGUCUUUGAGAAAGAUUGAAAAGUCAAACUACAGCUACAAGUCGCCUAGAGACUUGACAGACCUGGACGACAUCAAGUUCCGUUUGAAGACCAACUUAAACUUUAAUGACUCGUUCUCGUCUCCUUCCUACUUUGGGUUUGAGCCUAGAAACUCCAAGCAGUACCUACUUCGCAAGGUCAACUCCGACACAUCCAUUCCUACAUUAAAGGGAAUCACCGCCAACUCCACCUUUGUUGCAUCCAAAACGACUCCAAAGAAGAAUCAGUCGGUCUCCGCAUUCACUGGUUCCCAAAGCUCCAGACCUCCGCACGACCCACUGUACAACAAGAUCAUUGAGAACUACUGUUUUUUCGGGUCCAAUUCGCAUCAUCUCCAAAAUCCUGACCCUGUUGCCGGCUAUGCUGAUUCUUUCUGCCUAAGUUGA